GGCCACUCUGUACAGGGCCGGUGGGAGCUGGAGGGCUUAGAGAGGGAAGGAGGGUACUACUUUACCGGAGCGGAGAGGGAGCAUGGGACUGGGGGUUUGGGGAGGUGGAAUGGGAGAAAGAGGGAGGUAAAUGAAGGCCAAAUGCUGUCAAAGGAGGGACUGGGGACUAGUGGGGGUAACAAGCCCUCCCCUACGGUUCUUAGAGACCCCGACUUCACAAAGAAAGCUUUCCCCAGACUUCCGGGGGAGAGGAUUCCCAAUGGAGAUCCUGACAUCAGAAAAAGCCCGGAAGACAGGCGCCUCUAGAUGAAGAGGAGAUCCCUGAGAGAUCCCCGUCAGACCCUUGUGGAGAGAACCCCUGCCCUCAUUGAGCGCCCCCAGAGUCCUCUGCGAUCUAGACCUCGGGAAGAGAAUCCCCACCGCCCACAGAUCUGGACAGAGGAUUCCAGACAGUAACCUUGGGGUUCCCGGUAGGGUAGAGAAAAGGUCGCUGAGCAGCAGCUCUCCCAGAAUGAGGACGGAUAAUUACUAACCAAGGCGGGGGAGAGGGGGGACCAAGCCUUUUGUGUUGGGCGAAGGGAGAAGUCUGAGCUUGGAAAGAAUUAUGGAGCCUGCCCAGGGAGGUUUGGGGGUUGCACCUAGCAACCCAACCACCGUGUCUCCUUCCUUAAUCUCCAGUGAGUGGUGUUGGCAGAAAUGGGGACGGGGGGAAAGGGCAGCGGAGGGAGGCUAGACGCGCCUGCAAGCUUGCCUAUUGAGGGGCAAAGCCUGCUGGCUUCUGCCAUAUCACCAUGGACAAAGUCCAGCUCCAUCCCUGCAAACAUCCCAUGUCCACAGUAAUUGUGCAAAGUGUGUGGGGAGAGUGAGUGGUAGACAGACACUGAGGGUUGGGCAGCCUGGUAGGAAAAGGGGAUUGGAGGGAAAUGGGAGUCACUUUGGCCUCUAUUCCCACUGGGUAGAUAAGAAAGGUCAGCUGGGGCCAGGGAGUUUGAAAGAGGGUGGCUCCUCCAGGCACAAUUUCUAACAGGAUUAGCCUUUGUCAAAAACCCAGUGAUUGGUUCCUUUAUUCCCUUCAUCUUUCCCCUCCGCACCUCUCCCCUCACACACUUUGACUCCGUUUCGCAAUAGGAGUGGGGGAACUGGAGAGCUGGGGUUUAGGGAUUGGAUCUUGAAUUUUGGGGGCGUGGGGGGGGGAGGACCUUGGAAUCCGGAGAACAGAGUUUCAGUGCUGAAAUCCGGGACCUCAGCUUCAGGAGGUCGGAAUUGCAAUACUAAGAAUUAUUUAAUAGUUUAAGUUUUAAUAGUUUUAACAGAUGACCUGGAUAGCCAAGCCCAGCAUCUCAUGAUCUCUUUUGGACCUCAGGACAAAGCAGUGAGAUAAGUAAAUAACAGCCUUUCUGAAUAUGUCAUUCUUUGAUAACAAUAGCUAACAUUUUCAUGACCCUUUAAGGUUUUUAAGCCACUUAAAAAAGGAUUACCCAAUUUUAUCCCCAUAACAGCCUACUGAGAAGAAAAGUGCUAUUUUACAGAUUAGGAAACCGGCAGAGAAUAGUUAAGUGACUUGCCAAAGGUCACCCAGCUAGUUAAUGGCUGAGGCCACUGGUAGAUUUGAACUCAGGUGUUCCUGACUCCAAGUCCAACCCUAAAAUCGCUGCAUUACCCGGAGACCUCUUUUUUAAUGAUUUCAUUCGAUCGCAAUUAUAACUCUAAGGUAUGCCAUAAUAAUGAUGCUGAUUUAUAUAGCUUCGUAUGGCAUACAAGGAGCUUCACUUGGAUGAUGUUUCACCACAGGCCGGGGUUAGGUACCACUGGUAUUAUUUCUACCCAUUUUUACACAAGGGAAAACUGAGGCUCAGAGAUGGGGCGUGGUUGCUCGGGCUCCCGGGCAUCCCUAUAUUGCCUGCCUCCCUAGAGGGCGCCUGGAGAUCCGGGCUUAGUUAAAAGAGGAUGCUCAAAGUCUUUUCCUGUGUCUACCGGCUCGGUUCUCGGUCGCCAGAACGGAAACUCCUGGAGGGCAAUUCUCCACCCCGCUGGCAUCUUCUAUUCCUUCUGUCCUAGUAGCGACCGCGCGUGCGUAAAUCAACACCCCGCCCAAUUCUACCCCACAGCCUCGGCGCAAGCGCGGCUUCUUUCACUCUUCCCCCGCAAAUCCUCCCGGCUCCGCUAGUUUUUUACGUGACCCCACCGAGCUGGCGUCACAGCGAGCCGUCCGCCGGAUAUUUUGUUGCAACUGUCUGCUCCUCCCCCUUACUCUCACGCGCACGCUCAUCUCUUCCUUGCCCUUCUCCCUCUCCACGCGAGGUCCUGCCCAGGGCGCGCACGGAGGGGGAGGAGCCACGAAGGGCGUGAUCUAGAGCCCAGACCGGGUUGGGGGCGGAGACAAAAGCGGGGACUCUCAGAGAGCCGUCUUCGUGGACGGCGCAGGCCGAGGGCGGAGCUGGGCAUCCUUGAGGCGCGCAGGAGGCGGGGUCAGCGCGGAAGGCGGGGUGAGGCGAAGAGCUAGGCAGAGAAUGUUCAUUACUCUGGUGGGACACGCGUCCUAGGGGCGAGGCUCGAAGGCGGGGCGGGCCCAACGCUUGGGGGCGGGGCCGAAGUCCCGGCCCGCUGGGCCGGCUCCCCACCGAGAGAGUCCCGGGCUUGGGCGGGGAUGGCGGCUCCCCAUGGUUUGCCGCCGUCCCGCGGGCUGCCGCCGCCUCCUCUACUGCUGCUGCUGUUGCUACUGCCGGCGCUGCUCUGCCGGGCUGCGCGCGGCCCCCAGGCGGUCCCGACUGAGCUGGCCCAAGUCAGGGCCCGAUGCCCUGGGGAACUUUGGCCUCUGCCCCAAGAGGUGUCUCCACGAGUCACCCAGACUUGGAUGGGCCCAGGGCAGGGCAGCAGCAUCGCCUUCCUCUACCACCCCUGCGCUCACCCCCGCCUCAAGCUCCAGCUCGCCCUUCUGGCCCGCGCCUGUGUGUCCCGGCCCAUCCUGACCCCUCACCUGGGCCUCACUCGGCAGCGGCCCCUCGUACUGGUGGCUUGGGGGGCAUCCCUUGAGAUGGCCAGGGUAGAGCCAGCCUGGGCGGCCCACUGGCUGAAGAGGAGGCGGAAGAAGAGGAGAGGGGUAAAAAGGAGAGCCCGGCCCACCCCUUCCAGGCCCCCGGGGCCCCCCCGAGGCAGUGAUCGCCUGUGUCCCCGGGGGAGCGUGCAGGCCCUGGCUACAGCCUUUGCCCUCCGGAGUUGGCGCCCCCCUGGGGAAGGGAUUAAGUCCAGGGGUUCAGAGUACACCCGCGGGGCCAAGAGAAGGCGACUUCGAGCUGCCCUCGGCUCCCUGGCCACGGCGCCGGCCACCAGGGCCCCUCCUCACUCCCAUGGGAUCGGUAAGCCCGUCCCAGACUCCCCGGGGGAGGCCGGUGCUCCCCCCAUGGGGCCCAUUGCUCCGUCCGGGGCCCCGGCUCUGAGGGGGCAGCCCGGCUGGAGAGAUGGGGGGACCAAUGACUCCCGCCCCGGGCAUGGAAGCCCGGGGGGUUGUACCUGCCCGGGCCAGCCCUCCGCAGCGCCCUGGGCGGCUCCUUCCCGGCCAGCCCGGGCUCCCACUCCCCGCACCGACGAAGCGGCGUGGGCAGCCACGGCCUUGACUUUCCUGCUGGUGCUUCUCACGCUGGCCACGCUCUGCACCCGGCUGCAUCGGAACUGCCGUCGGGGAGAGAGCAUCUACUGGGGGCCGCCGACGGACAGCCAGGACACGGUGGCAGCGGUGCUGAAGCGGAGGCUGCUGGCCGCUGGGCCCCGAAGACCCAGGCGCUCCCGCCGGCGACCCCUCCUCCCGGCCGUCCCAGCCCCGGCCCGAGGCGGCCUGGGCCCCGACGGCGGGGGCGGCAGCAGCGACAGCUCUUCGACCUGAGGAGGGCGGGCUGAGUCGGGGCGGCCCAGAGCCUGGCUCCUCCCGGCCCGGCCCGGCCCGGCCAGGCCAGCAGGCUCUGGGCGGCCCUGCCACGUGGACGGCGCCCCGCUGGGAGCCCCUGCUGGCCUGUGGGGACGGUGCAAGCCCCACCCUGGGUGUGCCCCAGGCCUCGAUUUCUAAUUAAAUUAUUUUCCUAGA